AUGCAUCUGCCCCAGCACCAGACCGGCAGCUCCGUCACCAUGGAGAACGGUACCAUCAACCCUUCCUUCGAGGGUCUGGACGGCGGAGACCGGCCAGAGAAGAUCGUUAUCGAUGAGAAGAACACAGACAGCCUGGGCAGUCUGGAGCAGAGGCGAGACAUUGACCUGGUUUACUCCAUAAACGACAGACCGCCCUGGUACCUCUGUAUCCUGCUCGGCUUCCAGCACUACAUCCUGGCGUUUGGUGGCAUCAUUGCCAUUCCCCUCAUACUGGCUGAUCCCAUCUGCAUCAGGGACAACAACGCAGCCAAGAGCCAGCUCAUCUCCACCAUAUUCUUUGUGUCCGGCUUGUGUACGCUGCUUCAAACAACCAUUGGAACCAGGUUGCCCAUUCUGCAGGGGGGCACGUUCAGCUUCAUCACGCCCACACUGGCCAUCCUGGCCCUGCCGAAGUGGCGGUGCCCCGACGUCUCUGCCCCGGCGCUCUCCAACGCCACGGACACGGCGCACACCGACGCGGACGAGGUGUGGAAGUCCCGCAUGCGGGAGAUCCAGGGGGCCAUCCUCGUGGCAUCGCUGCUCCAGCUGCUGCUUGGCCUGUCGGGAUUGGUUGGGCUGGUGCUGAAGUUCAUCGGGCCGCUGGCCAUAGCUCCAACCAUAAACCUGAUUGGUCUGUCCCUGUUCAUCGAGGCGGGGAAGAAGUGUGGUGCUCACUGGGGUAUUGCUGCGCUGACAGUCUGUCUAAUCCUGCUCUUCUCCCAGUAUCUGAGCAAAGUCAACGUUCCACUCAUUGCCUAUAAGGACAAGAAGUGGAAGGUCUUCCAGUACCCUCUCUUCAAGCUCUUCUCAGCUCUGUUUGGGAUGUGCGGCUCCUGGCUCGUCUGCUUCCUCCUCACCUAUUUCAGCGCACUGCCCUCCAAACCUGAUGAGUACGGCUACACCGCCCGCACAGACAUCAACCUGGACGCCGUCACCAGCGCCCCCUGGUUCCACGUACCCUACCCAGGUCAGUGGGGCAUGCCCACGGUGAGCGUGUCGUCUGUGCUGGGGAUGAUGGCCGGCGUCCUGGCCUCCACCAUGGAGUCCAUCGGCGAUUACUACGCCUGCGCCCGCCUGUCCGGCGCCCCCCCUCCGCCCACCCACGCCAUCAACCGCGGCAUCGCCGUGGAGGGCAUCGGGUGCAUCCUGGCAGCUAUCUGGGGCAGCGGGAACGGCACCACGUCCUACAGCCAGAACAUCGCCGCCCUCGGAAUCACCAAGGUUGGCAGCAGGCUGGUGCUGCAGACAGCCGGGGUUCUGAUGAUUGUCCUGGGUCUCUUUGGGAAGUUUGGUGCCAUAUUUAUUACCAUUCCUGACCCGGUCAUCGGAGGAAUGUUCCUGGUCAUGUUUGGAAUGAUUGCAGCUGUGGGAAUCUCUAAUCUUCAGUAUGUGGACCUGAACUCCUCUCGGAACCUGCUCAUCCUGGGCUUUUCCACCUUCAGCGGACUGGUCCUCCCAACGUGGUUCCACUCGAACCCGGGCAUCAUUGACACAGGAUUCAAAGAGCUGGACCAGGUCAUAAUCGUCCUUUUCACAACUCAUAUGUUUAUCGGUGGGUUCUUUGGAUUCGUUUUGGAUAACACUAUCCCAGGAACAGACAGAGAGAGAGGGAUCAAGAACUGGAGGGAGAAGGUGCACCAGGACGUGUCGGACUGUGACAAAGACCAGUCCUGCUACGACCUGCCCUUCUGCUCAGAGUUCCUGCAGAGGUUCAAGUGCUUCGUCUACAUCCCCUUUCUGCAGACGUUCAGGAAGUUUGAGAAGAGAACGCAGCAGUGA